AUGGCUUCUUCUAGUCAAAGAAUAGAAAGUUUCAACAUUCAUGUAAAAAGAUGUUCUCGCUGUAACAAGUCCAAAAUUAUUGAUGAUUUUAUUCAGCAAAGCAAAGAGAGACUAAAGGAAUUUUCUCAUUGUAAUACCUGUACAAAUAAAAAAAAAGGAAAAUCAGUAAAUGUUAAAAGCAAAAAAACCAUGUAUUCGGAAAGUCUAAGCCUGGCUAAUAUUAUUGAUGAUAAUGAAGAAGAAAUAAUUGCUA